GGUGUGAUGGGUGAUACUGCAGGUGUCCUGGAUAUUUUAAGAAAAAAUAAGGAAAUCAACAAGUACAACUCGCUGGAAAUUGUACUUGAGUAAGAAAUGACGUCCCUCCACUUCUUGCUGUAAGAGAAACUUCCGCAGCACGCCAUCUGCCGCCAUCUUUAUUCUUUGACGAAAGUGUCACAGAAUUACACGGGUCACAGGUUUGGGUGCUACACCUGUACAGUAAAGCUAGGCUAGCAGCGGUUCCUCACUACUGGGGUUUUUUAAUUGGACGUCGAGGACAGACUGGCGCAGAGCAAUGGAAAGAAAUGACUGCCACUUAAAAGCCGUGGCCCCCGCCCGCCCCCCCGCCCGAGCGGGUCGAGACGAGUGGUUCUUCACCAGAGCCAAAGUGGCGCUGGCCCUGGCCGUCAUAAAGGACCGGCCCCCGGGGGCCAGCGGCCGAGCGCACGCCGAGGACUUGUCCCGCAGGUUGAGGGCCCGCGAUGGCAGCUGGCAGCAGGUGGCCCGCGGGCUGCAGCAGGAGGUGCUGAGGCUGCAGCAGGAGCUCCUGCUGUCCAGAGUGACGCCGCGCCCCCAGAGCGGCCCCCGCACACCAGACCUUCCAGGUGGCGACGACGCUUCCCAGGACCUGUUCUCUCUGGGGGGGGAAUCUCAUGGCCGCGACUCAGAGACUCCUGACCUCCUCCCGCCUGCCUCGGCCCCUCCUCGGCCCCCGCUUCCCUCCGGCCUUCCCCUCACUCCUCGGGGGGAACCCUCCCCUCCUCACGCGCGCUUCCUCCAGUCGCUGUGCGCCCUGCAGCGCGUCGACCACGGCGCCCGAGGCCUGGAGUCGCUGUGGUUCGGGCCGGGGGGGGCCUGGAGCUCCGUGCUGCCAGACUCCGUGUGCCAGCUCCUGGACUCGGUGAUGGCGGCGUGCAGGGCCCCCCCCCUGCUAGGGCUGGGCGGCGGGGUCCUGCCGGCCUGCCGGGUGGCGGCCCGAGCGACGGACCUCUUCUGCUCCCAGAGGGGGCCGCCCCCGGAGUUCAGGCGGCGGGUGGAGGAGUCGCUGACGGAGCUGACGGCGCUGCUGCUGCACAGCAGUCAGCUCAGCGGGCUGGGCUACGCAGAGAAGCUGAUGGAGUGUCUGGUCGCUCUGGGAGGCAGCAACAUGUCCAAGUCCUUCGUCAUUCGCCACCUCCUCUCUCUACUCGACUCGCUGGCCAAUCAGCUCUGGCAGCUCUUCCAGGGGGAGGUGGGCUCGGCGCCGGACAGGUUCCCUGUGGAUCAGUACCAGAACUCGUGCUACCUGUUCUGGGUCCUGGAGGAGCUGCUGCAGAGCUGUGACGGACCCUGCAGGGUGGAGGUGUGCUCGGAGCUGACGGAGCAGCGGAUCUUCCUCCUCUCGCAAGAGUUCCCCUUGUUUAGCAUCUGCUGGUGGAGGCUGAGAUGCCUCCUCACCUCCUCUGAGCGCAGCGGGUCAGGACCACACCAGAACCUAGAAGGUGACCCGACGAGGACCAAAUAUCUAUAGAAACCGACACGGCUCUUAAAAGUUGUUUGCUUCAUUCCAGCAUUAAAUAUUUCUCUAAUUGAUGGAUGAAAACUUGGGUUCUUCUUCACUGCAACAUAGUUCCAUUCCUUCAGUUGACCUUAAAGUGCUUUUAAUUGAUUACACAGAUGAUACUUUAAUUAAACAGAAGAUAUCACAAAGUAUUGUAUAGAUAUAUUGUUCACUGUAUUAAAGUAAGUUAUGUAAUAACCAUUCAUUCAUUAUAAGAUUCCAAUUGCCUCAGAUAAUCAAAUGAAAGGAGCUGAACACAUCAUACGGAAACUGGACUGAACCUCCGAAAGUGACCCGUUAGCUAGCGCUGCUUACUGCUAGUUGGCAGAGUUAGUUAGCUGGUUAACUGACGGUUAG